UUUUUCAUGUUCCUAGACGUUUCACAAAAUCUGCAGCUAAAACAUGCUCCCCCAGUUCUGCUCUUUCAAAGAUAGUAUCUGUAUCUCCAUUGUCUUUUCGUAGGGCGGCUGUUGGUCGGGUGGACGGCUUGGCGCGAAAACGUAGCAUGUGGAAAUGCAGCAAGCCAACAGCCUCGCGUCGUCGAACGGAUCAGCCUAUUUGCAGUAUGGGAGUUCCACGUCGUCGUCUUCCAGACCGAUGGGCAUCGAACCCGGGAGGCUGGGUAGUGUUUAAGCACAUCUUUCGGGUCCAAUAGGACGAGAAUCUUUGUAUGCCGUAGGCUUUAAGUGACAUUUUGGACCUAAACCGGGAACGCUAGUAGUACGGCCUGAUGACUGCGGUUUUUCGGCCUUCCGCAAGAGAAUUUCUGUUUUUGUGUAGCCAGCGCACAGCCUGCAGUGCAAAAUGUAAUUUCACUACAGACAAAACGACGAUGGCAGAGGCGACGUUUGACCGCAUCAUCAAGCAGCUGGGGCGCCUCCCGGUGUACAAGAAGCUGCAGUCGCCGGAUACACUCCACACCGUUACGCGUCCCGAGGUGCAAGAGCUGUUCGAGUGUCUGUGUCCGAAGAAGGUGGGCAGGAAAAAUCCUCUCACCGGGGAGCCGGAGCCGUUGGAGAUCACGGUUGACGACCUCUUAG